AUCUCCAGGGCUCCUAGGUGGCGUAGUCCUCAAGAAGGGUAGAGGCUGCUCUUCCCUCCUGCACCGAAGUCCAGUGCAGGGGACACGAUCGUGGCCACCUAGAGUGCCUGAUGGUGCAAUGGUUAGCAAUGCUGCAGCUUCUCUGGAUGCAGCAGCUACUGUUGCUGGGGGCUCACCCGGGCAGCGCCCAGGAUUUAACUCUCACCCCGGAACCGGCCCUCGAGUGGCUAGAUAAAGGAAUUUUCAUUAUCCAGAGCGAGAGCCUCAAGACAUGCAUUCAGGCAGGUAGAUCCGUCCUGAUCCUGGAGGACUGCAAGCAGCCAAAUAAGUACAUGUUGUGGAAAUGGGUUUCAAACAGUCACCUCUUUAAUGUGGGAGGCAGUGGCUGCCUCGGCCUGAAUCUAUCCAAUCCAGAAGAGCCAUUAAGCCUUUAUGAAUGUGAUUCCACCCUCAUUUCCUUGAGAUGGCACUGUAACAGGAAGAUGAUCAUGGGCCCACUCCAGUACAAGGUCCAGGUCCAGCAUGGCAACACGGUAGUGGCGUCAUGGAAACAGACCCAUAAGUGGAUCACCUACAUGUCGGAUGGUGAAGACAUCUGUGAGCAUCUUCACAGAGAUUUAUAUACAGUCAAAGGGAAUGCCCACGGGAUGCCUUGUGUGUUUCCCUUUCAGUACAACCAGCAGUGGCACCAUGAAUGUACCCGGGAAGGGCGGAAAGAAAACCUGCUGUGGUGUGCCACUACAAGCCGAUACGAACGAGAUGAGAAAUGGGGAUACUGCCCUGAUCCUACCUCCACAGAGGUAUCCUGUGACGCCGUGUGGCACAAGGAUUUCAAUUCACGUGUGUGCUACCAAUUCAACCUGCUUUCAUCUCUCUCGUGGAAUGAGGCACAUUCUUCAUGUCAGAUGCAAGGAGGCUCUUUAUUGAGUAUUACAGAUGAAGGCGAGGAAAACUUUAUACGGAAGCAGCUGAGCAGGGAAGCAGUGGAGGUGUGGAUUGGCUUGAAUCAGCUGGAUGAAAAGGCUGGCUGGCAGUGGUCUGAUGGCACAGCGCUCAGCUACCUGAACUGGAGCCCAGAGAUAAGUGAUCGGCCAUUUGUUGAGUAUCACUGUGGAACACUGAAACCUCCCUCAACCGCCUGGAGGAGCAAGGACUGUGAGUCGGCCUUGCCUUAUAUAUGCAAGCGGUUCCUAAACUACACUGCUCACGAAACACUUGAAAACGACUCUUGGACAUACCAUGCCACUCACUGUGAUCCUGACUGGGCGCCCUUCAAUCGUAACUGCUACAAACUUCAGAAAGAAGAAAGGACCUGGCAAGAGGCUCUUCACUCUUGCCAGACUAAUGACAGCAUGUUGAUGGAUGUGACGUCAUUAGCAGAGCUGGAGUUCCUUAUAGACCUCCUUGGGGAUGGAAAUGCAUCAGAAACAUGGAUUGGCUUGAGUAGCAAUAGAACUCCAGUCUCCUUUAGAUGGUCCACUGGCUCCUCUGUCAUCUUCACUAACUGGCACCCUCUUGAGCCUCGGAUUUUUCCCAAGAGAAGCCAACUGUGCGUCUCAGCAGAGCAAGCUGAAGGACUCUGGAAAGUAAAAGGCUGCCAAGAAAGACUCUCUUACGUUUGUAAAAGAGCAGGGCAAGUCCUUGAUGAUGACGAAUCAGAAUGUCCAGAGGGGUGGGAGAGACAUGGCAAAUUUUGUUACAAAAUCGACACCGUCCUGAGAAACUUUGAGGAGGCGUCCAAUGGGUAUCAUUGCCAUCCUGCCCUCCUGACCGUUACCAGCAGGUUUGAACAGGCGUUUUUAAACAGUUUCAUCAGCAGUGUGGCAAAAACGAAAGACAGUUAUUUUUGGAUAGCUCUUCAGGACGAAAACAACACAGGAGAGUACACUUGGAAGACCUUGGGGCAGAGGCCUGAGCCAAUGCAGUACACGCACUGGAACACACAUCAACCUAGCUACAGUGGUGGCUGCGUUGUCAUGCGAGGAGGAAGUCCACUUGGUCGCUGGGAAGUGAAGGAUUGCAGCAACUUUAAGGCAAUGUCCCUGUGUAAGAUGCCAGUCAAAACCUGGGAUAAAACAGAGCUCGAAAGAAGGUGGCCCUUUCGCAAAUGCUAUGCCGAUUGGGAGUCGAAGUCUGGUCUAGCCAGUUGCUUCAAGGUGUUUCACAGUGAAAAGGUCCUGAUGAAAAGAUCAUGGAGAGAAGCCGAAUUCUUCUGCGAGGAGUUCGGAGCUCAGUUGGCAAGUUUUGCCCAUAUAGAGGAAGAAGAGUUUGUGAAUGAGCUUCUACAUUCAAAAUUUAACCGGACAGAAGAAAGGCAGUUCUGGAUUGGAUUCAAUAAAAGGAAUCCCCUGAAUGCAGGUUCUUGGGAGUGGUCUGACAGGACGCCUGUUGUGUCUUCAUUUCUAGACAGUACUUACUCUGAAGAUGCUGCAAGAAACUGUGCUGUGUAUAAGGCAAACAAAACAUUGCUGCCCACAGACUGUGCUUCCAAACACGAGUGGAUAUGCAAAAUCCCAAGAGGUGUGAUACCCACUUUUCCAGACUGGUACGAAUACGAUGCGCCCUGGUUCUUCUACCAGAAUGCCGAGUACCUCUUCCACACCCACCCUGCCCAGUGGGACGACUUUGAGUUUCUCUGCGGCUGGCUCCGGGGUGAUAUCCUCUCAAUUUAUUCUGCUCAGGAGCAAGAGUUCAUCCUCAGCAAAAUCAGAGUGCUAUCAAAGCACGGUGUAAAUUGGUGGAUUGGAAUUGAAGAAGGAGGAGCCAGUGAUCCAACUCAUUGGCAUAAUGGGUCACCUGUGAUAUUCCAGGACUGGGACGGAGGAAGAGAGAAGAGAGCGGAUAACCAGAGCCAGCGGUGUGCCUUCAUUUCUUCCGUAACAGGGCUCUGGGGCACUGAGGACUGUUCUGUUUCUAUGCCCAGCAUUUGCAAGAGAGAGGAAAUGUGGGUCAUCGAGAAGAAGAAGCCACCCUUGCCACAUGGGACAUGCCCCAAAGGCUGGCUUUAUUUUAACCACAAGUGCUUCCAGGUGUGGAUUCCCAAAGACCCCCGCGAGCUGAAGACCUGGGCAGGCGCUCAGGACUUCUGCGUCGACAAGGGCGGGACGCUGGUCUCCAUCGAAAGUGAACUGGAGCAAGCUUUCAUUACUAUGAACCUUUUCAGCCAGACCACGAAUGUGUGGAUAGGGUUAAAAAGUGACAAUCACCAGACGUGGGUGAAUAGGAAGCCUGUAGUAUAUUCUAACUGGUCUCCAUCUGAUGUCAUAAAUAUACCAAAUUACAAUACCUCUAAAAUGAAAAAGCAUGUUCCACUCUGUGCCCUGAUGCUAAGUAGUUCUAAUUUUCAUUUCACUGGAAAAUGGUAUUUUGAUGACUGUGGGAAAGAAGGCUAUGGAUUUGUUUGUGAAAAAAUGCAAGAUACUCCUGAAUACCGUGCAAACGUGUCUGAAAUGCAUUCAGUCCCCAAUACAUUAGAAUUUGGAAACAGAACUUAUAAAAUCAUUCAUGCCAAUAUGACGUGGUACACAGCAAGAAGAACCUGCCUGAUGCAUGGAGCAGAACUGGCCAGCAUUGCAGACAAUUUCCAGCAGGCCUUCCUCACGGUUGUUCUCAGCAGGCUGGGAUAUGCCCACUGGAUCGGCCUCUCCACCACAGACAAUGGUCUUAAUUUUGACUGGUCAGAUGGCACCAAAUCCCCUUUCACCUAUUGGAAGGACGAAGAGUCCACCUUCCUUGGUGACUGUGUUUUUGCUGACACUAGUGGACGCUGGCAUAGAACAGCCUGUGAGUCUCUCCUGCAAGGAGCCAUUUGUCAUGUCCCCACUGAAACAAAGGCAUUUGAGCACCCAGUGCUCUGCCCAGAAACAUUGGUUCCCUGGAUAAAAUUUAAAGGUAAUUGCUACAGUCUUUCUACAGUCCUGGACAGCAGGAGUUUUGAGGAUGCUCAUGAAUUUUGCAAAAGAGAAGGAUCUAAUCUUUUAGCCAUCAAGGACGAGGCUGAAAAUUUAUUUCUCCAGGAAGAGCUUCAUGCUUUUAGUUCUUCUGUCCAGAUGGUUUGGUUGAAUGCCCAGUUUGAUAGUAACAAUGAAACCUUGAGGUGGUUUGAUGGAACACCCACAGACCAGUCAAGCUGGGGCGUUCAGAGGCCAACUGUAGAUCCCCUCCAGCCCCGUCCGUGUGUUGCCUUGAGGAUCCUGGAAGGAGUGUGGCAGUUUACCCCAUGCGAAGACCAAAAUGGGUUUAUCUGUAAAAUGGAGGCAGGUGUUCCAGCAGUAAUGGAGCAUCCAGGAAAAGGACGGAACCACAGCAUCGUUCCUCUUGCAGUCUCGCUGACGCUGGUGGCCUUCCUGGCCUUUGCUGUGCUCUGCUUCUGGAUCUACAAGCAGAACAGUGGCUUCUUCCAGAGACUCACAGGGUCUCGGGGCCUCUACUACCCUACACUCAGCUUCAGCACAGCACAGUUAGAAGAAAACGUCCACAUCUCCGAUCUCGAGAAGAACGGCCAGUGAGGAUAAAGUGAGAGAAUGCCCUCGCUAUAAAGAACAAAGGCGGCCACGAGGGGAGUCCUGUCUGCGCUGCCCCUUAACAAGACGCCAUGAUAAUGUGAAUUGUGCCCCUGUUUUAAUUAUUCUUCAAGCACUGGUUUUUAAUUUUAACCAAAGCAGAUGAGGUUUGAUGUAUUCGUUUCCUUUAUCUGCGGCCCAUUCUGAAAGGGGCGUUGGGUUAUUAUUUAGAAAGACAAGAACUACUAAAAAGAAUCCUGCCUUGAGAACUCUCAAGGCAGUCUAGUACACAUUCAGGCAUGUAAGUUCACUCAAUACAUUCAAAGAGAAAGGGGGCAGGGCUCUGACUUUAUUUGUGGGGAAGGUGCUUCUAAGAAUCACCGUUCUGUUUGAUUCUAAUUCAAUCUUUUUUAAUAGCCUGGUUUGGGAAAGUCCUUGAAUCUAAACAUCCAGGCUCUGGGCUCUCAGCUGAUACUUUGGAGGACAUUAAUUUUUAUUAGGUUUGAUUCUUAAGCUACACAGGAGAAACAGCACCUUUUCCUAAAUACAAAUAUCUUGGUAUGCAGGCGCUCUCAGGAACAACUGUAUGAUUACAAUUGUUGGGCCAAAAUUAUCUCAGGGCCUGUACCUCGAGGCCUGUAGGACAGAGAAAAGCCUGGCUCGAGUUUGAAGGAUAGUCUCAAAGCUACCGAGUGGGGAUGACACAGAAAAAUCUAGGUAGAUGCCCCUUCAGCCAGAGUGAGGCUUGGCUGUCUCUCAUUGGCUGGAGGGGCCCCUGCAUCACAUCAGCCCCAAUGUCACUUAACCUAUAUAAGCAGAUGCUCACAGUAAUAAACUGAGUUCCUGCUUUAACUUGACUCCCUAUUGUGUCUGAUUGUCCUGUGUCUGAUUGUCCUGCGUUGUGGGGCUGCAGAACAGGCAGAGAGUGCACUCACCUUUCCCCAGGGAAAAAGGCUAAGGAGGCCUGGCACCAAUGUGGCAUAGACCCUCCCUUGCUAAGUGAUUACCAUGUUAAAGGUGUUUUCUAGGUAAGUUCAAAGAACUACAAUGGGAGUUCAAUAUCAAUAAAGUUCAUGGACCUUAUUUAAAACUAAAGUAAUAAAAUAAUAUAUAACGAUCUUUACUGGGAGAUACAGAAUAUGUAACUCAAACCUAAAGAGAAAAAAGUGAAGAUCUGAAUUAUACUCCCAUUAGAACCAAACGAGAGGUGAUGUUAAGAAAUACUAACUAAAACGACUCUGCAGUAGUAACCUUGAUACGAUUGUCAUAUGUUCAC